AUGCCUUACAAUGCUCGAGUAGAAGUUCUCCCAGAACCAGUCAGUCGCGGUGGACUAGACGACCCCCGAGCUGCAGAACAGCCGUCUUUUGGGACACGAAUGUCAUGUCGAGAUGCAACAGAUUUUCUCUGCAACAUCGCAAACAUCUCGCCGUUAGAGCCGGGAUACCGCAAAGCGCGCCAUAUACACAUAUCAGAUAGCGAGGCCCAGACAAAACUCCAUCAGAUUCUCUCUCGUUCAAGGGAGAUUAGAUUGCCCGCAAGUGAACAGAAGCUCUUAUCUGAUCUCGUCCCUGGACUGGUUGUAACUGGUGGUUUGAGUCGUUCGCCAGCGUUUGAUUGUCUACCCGUUGUGUCUCAUUGGGGUGAGCGAACGGGUGAAUCCUCAGCCCCAGAUUCUGCCGCUACCAUUCGACUUACUUCCACGUGGGAAGCCACUCAUGUAGUUGCAGAAGGAGCCACUAUCAAGUUUUGCCAAACCUACUCAGCGGAAACAAAAACUCUGACUACGACUGUUGCCUUGGCUCGUCGAAUUGAUACCCCUCGAACCGGAGGAGUUCUGGGCGCCGCUACUGAUAUAUCUAGGGUACGCAACGCACGCGUUGCAGAUGCUGUUGAUUGCGCCAUGGGGAUGCUCUCAGAUGCUGCAGAGCUCUUGGCCGCUCGGAAUAGAGUGAUUGAGACAGGUAUCACAGAGCGUCUCGUGUUUGCCGAGGUACACGAAGCGGUCAUACCAACCUGGUGCUCUGUCCGAAAACCUCUCCCUCCAAAGUUGAGCGGAGUGGCACUUUCAACUGACCAGGAUACCAUUGACGUCCUCGCGGGGGAGGAUUGCGAGGGCCCGCUACUUAACACCAGCAUCUUCUCGAUGGCAGUUGGUUAUAAUCGCGGUGUUUAUGGCGGGUCAAUAUCUGGCUUAUGGGCGAUAAUGGACUCGGGUUUCGUCCUUGAUUACUCGAUUGGCAAAGAUAGUGCUGCAAUGGCAGGAAAAUUAGCUUCCACAUUUUCUGAAGUGGCUGCUGUUGCUGAAGCGUCUGUCUCCGCUGGCGAGCAUAUCACUGACAUUCGGGUUGUUAAGGGUUGCAACUACUCAUGCUUACGACAAAAAACCAUUAUCGAGGAUACCAAUCCAGCCUCGCGGAUGCCGGUGUUUUGUCACGUUUACUACGAUGGUGGUGGUGGUGAGCAGAUGGCGGCGAUGGCCGGUCUGGGAUGCGUAGUACACGACUGGAUUGAUUUGGGAGCCGAUAUAGCAUGUGGUGAGAUUAGCAACAUCAUUCCGACGCUUACAGGGGGAUCGUUGGAGGAAGAGCCACUGGCUGAGGUGUACUCGCGUUUUAUGGGGGCGAUAAUAUGGUAUCGCGAUAACGACCCCUUCAAUCCUGCUGCUUUGUGCAUUUUAUUUACACAUUGGUGGCAACUUGCAAACUGUCGCCAUAGACCCAUUUCCCUCUUUGGUCGAACCGACCUUGACACUGUGAGCAGAGGAAUUCUUCCCACAAUCCCGCAAGAAAGGCCAUCAUUGGAGCACUUCCGAGCCUGUGGUACCAAGAUCGAGCGUAGUGAGCGUGCUCUCAUUAAUGCUGAGGCGCGGCUUCAAUCUAUCGUUUCCUCGAACCCGUUGCCGGAAACUCGAAGUGUUGUUGAACUUCUUGUCAAUCCAGUCAUUGCGUAUGUAAGAGGGGGAAAUAUUCUACCCUUUGAAAGCGAAUUUGUUGGAGCUGUCCUCGCGGCUGAAAUAGCAUUGCCUCAGGGACAGAAAAUCAUAGAGUUGUGGGACCUUACUAUUGUCAUGUGGGAAUCCGGGGCCAUGUGGGCGACGGGGAUCGCUAGCCUUUGCUAUACUCACAGCGGAAAAUUCAAUUGUGAUAGGGCUCGUGAUGACUUAUCGGGAACUACCUGGAGUUAA